GAGGUUAGGGCAUAGGUAUUUGGUAUUUCUGAAGUCGUGGAGGGGAGGAAAGAUAGAAAGAUGGAAGGACCUGAAUCCGAAUCGUUCUGCUGGACUGCAACUGAUAAGAUAACAAAGACAACCCGGCUACUGUCCUGACAUAUCCAACACUGUGCCAGAAACGUGAAUAUUCCUGCACACAAUGAGCGUGAAAGGAGGCUGGUGUUUUGUGUCUGGUUGUAUGAAUAGAAAUAUAUAUCAGAAAGUGCAUAAAAGAACAUACAAGAAGGCAUUUUUCUCUGUGCCCUCAGGUGAGGAUCGCAAUGAAUGGAUCAAACUCUGUGGGAGUAAGUCCAGGUCUCGGAAGCGCUCGCAAGUGAUAUGUGAAGAUCAUUUUACACUAGAAAAGGACUUGGAAAACUACUGGCAGUUCAUGAAUUCUGAGAGGCUGGGUUUACCACCAGUCAAGGGAAAGCUGAAGAAAGGUGUUUUACCCACCAAGUUUAUUUUUCACCCAGGUAAAAAAGGGAAUGAUGGCAUACAGGCAACUUCUUUUCUCUGCCAAAAUAUUUCUCUGCCAGAGUCAGAUACUGAGAUAGGAGCGACUGUUCCUUCGAGUGUGAAGCCAUCCUUCUCACAGAGCUGGACGUCACCUUCUUCCUUGUCAACUGGGUCAAAUUCUUGCUUGAGCCGCGAGACCUCUUUUUUGGAAUCUGCUGUGCCUUUUCUUUCUAUUUUGGUUGAAGACGGAACGAAGAGCUCCUCUACCACAAUCGGACAUUCAAUUGACGCAAACAAUGAUGAUCUAGUAACAUCACCCUGUCCCAAUAGCUUAUCUGAAUCUGUUAAGUGUGGCGAUAGUCUGAAUCACAAAUCGUUCCAGUUUUUUGAUGAAAAAAGUAGCACUGGUACAAUAGAUGUAGUUUAUGAUUCAGACUUUGGAAUCAAGAAAGAAAUCAAAUUGGAAGAAGAAGUGAUCCUCGACUGCAAUGAAAAUAAAGCAAUAAUCCAAAGAGAUUGUGUCAGUGAGUUUACCGGUAAUAUGGAGAUUUCAGUCCCUGAACGACCUGCAUCACCUGACCCACCCAAGUUAAGAAUCCUCACUCCCAAUGAUAUCAACAUCAAUUCUGCAGAAAGCACCACUCUCACAGAUAAUGUCACCGCUGCGGAGAACACCGAUUCUACAGAAAUCGCUACUGGCGUGCAAAUUAAGAUCGAACAAGUAGGACUGAGAGCAUGCUGUAUUUUAAUGGCACCGAGUUGUCGCUCAAUCAAAUGGAAGACAAGGAUCGCGAAGUGCUCUGCUCAAGCAAACUUUGUGACUUGAAUCCAUCAACAAAUCCAUGGUGGAUGCUGAGGAUGAAAUAAAUUCCAACAGAAUAUAACACCUUUGCAAUACCCUUUUUCAUCCUGGCUUUGGUUUUUCGUCAUAAGCUGCCGAAUCUUGCAUCUGGUACCUGACUCGAAGAAACUUCGACUUCAUCGUAGUUGGUGGUUAAAACUUGGAGGUUUGUCUACAAAGUAAGAAAAUAGGAUCGAUGAUUCCUUAUCCCACUCUCUCCACUGGAACCAACAUAGACAAAGGCAAUCGGUUAAAAGCAUUUCAAAGUUAUUACAGGUCUCAUGUAGUCCAAUCCAAAAAUAAGACUCCCCUCAUAUUCAAUUACUCCCUAUCAAAAUGGUGCAAUAUCGAUGGUGUAUGUCGGCAACAACGUAUCUUGGUUUGCGACAAGGCAGACUUCCUGUCAUACUCUAGUUUUUACAUUUUUUUUUGUACUUAAAAGUAGUUUGUACAAUUAACACUAUUAAAUGAUACUACUAAACUUCCUUAAAAAGAAUGCUAGUAUAAGAAGCUUGAAAAGAAAUCAUCUUUCAGAACUUUGAAGUAAGCACUGGUUAAACUUAGCAAAGAUUUUAUCUUUAAUCUUGCUCCAAAGUUUGGAACAUAAUUUUAGCUUUCUGCUUUUCUGCUACCCCCAAAAAUACUUUGAAGUUACCUACAGUGUGAGAAGAUGUUUGGGUUGCCUUUAAUUAAUACGAUGAGUUUAAUAGAAAUUUAUGAUGGACUGAAAUGAACUGCAACCAAAACAACUUUCACCUUCUUACCUAAUUUAUUCUAGAUAAGGAAUUCAAGGGAAAUUAAAUGAAGAGUCGGACUCAGUACGUUUGAAGUCUUUCGGCUAUGUAUAUUGAGGAAAAUAACAGAUUUAGUAUUACAGAUAUUACAAGAAAAAUGGAGUUACAAUUAAUGAAUUUACAGAUAAAUUGGUUACGGAAAUUUUUGUAUGAUAGUUGGAGUGGAAAAAUUGGUAGAGGAAAGAUAUGGGAAAUAAUGAAGGAUUUUUAGGAUGAUGAGAUGUUUUACCUUAGCGCACCAUAAACUGAAGAUGUUGAAGUUUUGCGUGUAACGUACGCGGCCGGAUUUGCGUGUAACGAACGCUGUCGAAUUUGCGUGUAACGUACGCGUCCGAAUGUAACUUACGUGUUACCACCGAAUUAACACUUAACGCGUGUAAAACGAAGUGAGUGUAAAGUACUCGGACUAUUUGUGUUGUACGUAACACCGUCGAGGUUUGAGUUGUAACGAAACUCCGUCGCAGUCACUAAAUUGUAACCGGAGCCUUAACGAGACUCAAUCGAAACCACUAAAUUGUGGCAUAGUGCUUGAGGGCACAACCCUGGGUUUGGAGCAGAGAUGCUUUAAGUAAGAAGGAUAAAAUAAGAUUGAGUCAAGAGCGCAUCGAGAUUUGCUGAGGACAUCUCGGACGCUUGACAGCGCAGGACAUGAAUUCGACAUCGCAUGAAGAAUUUCGGCGCCUACGUUAUUGAUUUGAGGUGACUCAUCAAGAAAGGCGAGGGAAAGAAUUCAGUUAGCAACAGAGACUUCGGUUAGCAACAGAAUUAUUGACCUCACACCUCCGGGGCCAAAGAAAAAGUAUGAAGUACUUUUCAAAAUUGAUGGCGAGGGCAUAAAAUGCACGAGUAUUGUGUGUUAUGUAGAGGAAGUCGACAUAACAACUUAAGAGGUAGGCGCAAAGGGUGAAUGGGGAAGGUGGGGCGGGGGGGAGGGUGUGAGUGAGUGGAAGAGUAGGUGAGACUGGUUGACAAAACGUGGGGAGGGGUGUGGCGUGAGAAACGUGGAUCCAAUAAUGAGCAAGGGUAGGGUGUAACAAUGGCGUAGAACAUAGGUCGUGGAAGCAAUUGGAGGAAUAAUGGGGGAGGGACUCAGCGAAAUGGCGGAAGGACAAAAUGUAGUAACCAAUACAAUGCGUAGAGACAAGAUGCAGUAACCAAUACAAUGAUGAAUAUAGGUCGAAACAAGGAAGAAAUACAAAUGACAGUUAGUUGAAAAAUCGGCAAGAGGGAAGUUAAAUAUAAAUGCAUUUUUGACAAAACUGUGAAGAAAGUAGAGGUGAAUAAAGUAUUAAGUAAAAUGUAGAAUAAAAUGACAGUAAUUUUAGAAGUAACUUCAAACGUUAUAAGGGUAUAUGAGAAUAAUGGUGGGUAUUAGUAGUGAAUAAAAUAGUGUAAUUAUGAGAUAUAAGGAGUUAAGAUAUAAGAGUAAUGCGAAUUAAUUUAUAAGUAACGACACAAGGAGUACACAAGAAAAGUAGUAGGAAAUUAAUAGACAUUAUAAGUUAAAGUAUAAAUUUGAAGGAAAACAUUAUAAGUAUGUAAGAUAUUGAUAGAAAUAAGGUAGAAGGGAGAAUAAAAUAGUUAUAUCUAAGAGUAAGGUAUAAGUGCCUGAGCCAGUCGGUAGGGCUGCAAUUUUACGAUAGAUCACAGGAGAUGAUGAACAAGGGAUAAAUAGAAUAUGGAGAGUAAAUGCAAGGUGAAAUAAUGUGAUAAAUAAGGGGAUACAUAGAAGAUAAUUAUGCAUAUUUGUAAAGAUAUGACAAAUCUUGGAUUUACAGUAAAAUAUAUUGAAGGACACAUGAUAAUUACAUAAGGAAAAAUGGGUAAGUGAGUAAAGGGUAGCAAUACAAUGUAUAGGGAAGUACAUAGAAGGAAAGUUAGAGUAAAUGCAUAGAGGUGUACAUAAGCAUAUGUAAGAAAUUUAGAUGGGUAAAUGUAAAUUUUAGAGGAAUUUAUAGACGAUACAGAGGAAUGUAGAUGUAACAAUGAAAAUAUGAGUAGUUAUGUGUAAAAAGCAGAGGGAAGAGAUGUAACAAGAGUAAGUAUAGAGGUGUAGAUAGGUAUAUAUGAGUAUCCUAUAAGUUAAGGGAAGUUACAGCGAAAAGGGGGGAGAAAAAGAAAAAAAAUUAAGGAUAUACACUACAUAACUUAGGGAUUGCGGAUAAAUUCAAUAGGGGGGAGGGUGCAAAUGAGAGUAUGUACAAAUGUAGAUAUGCAUAUAUGAGAUAUUUGGUGAAAGAAGGAGAUUAUGACAACAAAAGAAGUAUAAAUAUGCGAAUAUAGACUAUAUAGACUUAAAGAUACGCCAAUAAAUAAGAUAGGGGAGGGGGGGGGUACAAUGAGAGUAUUAUAGUUAAGCAUAUAUGAGUUCUUGUUAAAUGAAAGAGAUGUUGACACCAAAAGAAGUAUAAAUAUACGAAUAUAGACUAUAUAUACUUAAAGAUAUGCCAAUAAAUAUAGGGGAGGGGGGUACAAUGAGAGUAUUAUAGUUAAGCACAUAUGAGAUAUUGUUGAAUGAAAGAAAUGUUGACACCAAGAGAAGUAGAAAUAUAAGAAUAUAGACUAUAUAGACUUAAAGAUAUGCCAAUAAAUAAUAUAGGGGAGGGGGGGUACAAUGAGAGUAUUAUAGUUAAGCAUAUAUGAGAUAUUGUUAAAUGAAAGAAAUGUUGACACCAAGAGAAGUAUAAAUAUAAGAAUAUAGACUAUAUAAGCUUAAAAAUACGUUGACAAAUUAUAUAGAGGAGGGGGGGGUACAAUGAGAGUAUAUACAAAAUGCAAUUAGGCAUAUAUGAAAUGUUUGUUAAAUGAAGAGGGAUUUGAUACUAAAGGAGUAUAAACAUAAGAACAUAGACUAUAUACGCUUAAAAAUACGCUAAUAAAUAAUAUAGGGGAGGGGGGUACAAUGAGAGUAUGUAUAAAAUGUAGAUAAGGGGCAUACAGUGGUAAAGAAUAAGUAAAAUAGACGGCAGUAUGUAAGUAUAGAGUACAGAAGAAUAUGAGACUAGAAUGUGCAAGCAAGUUUUAGGACGAACAGAUACAUGAAGAUUAUAUAUAGGGAGUAAAUAGAUAUAUAUAGAGUAUAGAAAAGGGUAAUAGUAAAAAUUCGCAGUACAAAUGAGAAAGCAAAAUGGGAAGAGAAAAUAAGCAUAAAAUAAGUAAAUAUAAUAGUAGAUAGGUGGGUAGAAGGGUCUUACAGUAGCUAAUAUGAGUGAACAUGAAUAUAUGAGUAAGUAGAUAGGUGCAUAUAAGGGUCAUGAUACAGGUAAGUGGUCAUACAUGAAUAAAUACGUAAAACAGAGUAUACAGAGUUAAAAGAUACAGCAAAAA